CAAUCAUGGCAACGGCAGCUUCACCGAAAAGGAUGGUGUCCUCCGUCUUCAUCACUCUGGCUUCUCCUCAUCGAGCCACUGUGACCAAGCAGCAACCUGCCCUCCAGGCCAACAGCGCCUCUGCUAGAGACAAGAGAGUCAGCCAAGGUGACAGCGUACCUGUUCACAGACCCAAACAGGACCAGUUUUUUGACAACCAUAGCACUGUAAACAGCAAGAACUGGACUCAUGGAACCCGAGCGUCAGAUCCUCAGAGCCCAAAACUCGUCCAAACUGGAUCCACCAAAGCAAAGCUGCAAGAAGAUCAGAAACAGUGGAGCGCUCCGGAGCUCGUCCCUCCUCCUGAUGUACCUCCUUCAUUUCUGAAAGGGACAUUCUCUGAAGAAAUGUCACUCCCACCACCUCCUUCAUCACUCCAACAGCUGAGCCCAGAUCAGCAUCCAGUUAGCAACAAAAAGGUGGAAACAUGCACACCGUCUAAUGGUUCAACCCGAGGGGAAGAAGUUUCUGGGAUUCACAAAAACGGCCAAGACGCACAAACACAGAGCAAAGAUGUGUGCGGCUUUUGUCGGAAAACUGUGGCUCUUUCUGAACCUGCCAUAGAGGCCUUAAACAGGACUUACCACGAAGGCUGCUUCCAGUGCAGAUCUUGUCACAUCCCGUUGGCUGGGAAACAGUACUACAAGAAGGCAGGAAUCCCACUUUGUGAAAGCUGCUAUCAGGCUAGUUUGGAGCUUUGCUGGGCUUGUGGGGAGGCUAUCACAGAUCAGAUAAUCCGUGCACUCGAGCGAGCGUACCAUCCUCCCUGUUUCACCUGCAAAACAUGUAAACAGCAAAUUGGAGAGCAAGCUUUUGCUCAGGGAGAAGUCGGGGAAGUUUACUGCCUCCAGGACUACUACAGGAAAUAUGCACCGAAGUGUAGCGCCUGUAACCAGCUCAUUAUUCCUAAAGAAGAUGGCACUGACAGCUAUACCGUUGAGUGUUUGGGACGUUCCUACCAUGAGAACUGCUAUAGAUGUGAGGUCUGUAUCAUCCAGCUAUCCCCUGAACCAAACGAGCACGGCUGCUAUCCAUUUGAGGGGAAAAUGCUCUGCAAGGAUUGUCACUUGAACUUGGUUUCUGGGCAGCAGUAACAUGAGUCUAACAAACUGCAAACAACUGAAAACUGUGCCUGUUCAGAGAGAGGCUGCAUUUAAGAACGACAUGCAAAUGUCAUAACACUUCUUCCAAUAGAACAUUUAAUAUCUUCACAAUAU